GUCAUCGAUCCUAGCCGUUUUCAAUCUAGAACGACGUCUGUUUGUCUUGCACACCGCUUGACAGAGCGCAACAUCUGCUCAAUCAGUUACAAUUGCAAUAGUGAAACAAAUGUGUGAAGCAGUCUAUUACAAGGAAUGGCUCUUUUCAACAUCUGUUAAACUAAUUAAAGCGUCAUUUCCGACAACUGUUUAAAAACUUUACUGCCUGCAGACCGUGUAGGCAGUGUGGAAACCCUUAUGGCGGCUGGAAAAAUUAGUGGUAGUUUAGUGCUUUCACUUGCAAAAUGAAAGCUUGACCUAUUUACACGUUUUUGAAGUUAUGUAGCAGCUAUCAUUUCAAGUAGCGUAGUUUGUGGGAAUACGGGUGAACGUCCUCUCUUUACAGCGGUUGUAUUUUUCUGCCAUCAUCAGGCAUUGUUCCCUCCAUACUGUCCAGGUAUUGACGAAAAAAAACAUAGUAGGAAUUUGUGUAUAGGCCUACAAAGCAGAUAGUUGACGUGUCAGACCUUGCUAUUCCAUUGGCGCUUUUCUUUAACAGCUGUUUUUGUGUGCGUCGUGUCCUCAUCGGCUCUCCAUGUCGUUGCGCGCACACCUCCUAAUCACUUUUGUCAAGACUGCAGGGACAGCGACAGGGAUUUUGCACUUUGAUUCUGUGUGGUAGGCUAUUCGAUCUUUUCUCUCUCCCUUCCGAGAACUGCGCGUCUCCUGUGUUAAACUUCAGUCACUAUUCCAAGUUGAUUUCUGCCGGGUGAGUCAGUGGAUCAGUUUUCCAAUGUAAUAGAACAAAAAUGGUUUGUUUAUAAUGUCUACAGUACGAGCUGUCCACGGGUCUGCCUAGACCUGACCACGCGCUGUAUACACAUCAGAUGGGGAGAUCCUUUUGUAGUCAGUUUAGUGAAUGCAUUUGAUCUUGUUUAGUCGUGGUUUAGCGGCCGUGAAUUUGAGAUCCAUGGAAAAUGUUCAGUAUGCUCAGUACGCAUGGCAAACACCAUAGUAAUGUGUGCUCUCUUCUACCAGCCCCCCUAGUUAAUGUGCUUUAUGUCUGUCUGUGUACUGUGUCUGACUCAUUUUUCUCCCCCUUGGGUUUGGAUCUUGGGACACCAUCAACAUGGAACAAAUGGAAACCUCUUGGAUUGGUCUCUCCUGGUCUACCAACACUGUCUGAAUCACCAUGACGACAGAACCGGGUUCUGAGGUAGAGUCGAAGCCAGAGGCGAGCGCUGCACCUGCCGAGCAAGCCCCGCCCCCACAGGCCAGCCAACCGCCUUCCACGGAACACUUUCCCCCGGCCGCCGCCCACAGCACCCCUCUCAGGAAAGAGCAGAACGGUGGUGAGGUAGGAGGAGGUGGUGGUGGUGGGGGUGCCGUGCCGCAGCAGGGGAAGGGUGAAGGGUACCAGGCGUCGUUGCCAGGGGAGGAGGACCUGCUCUCCCACCGCUCCUCCAGCAGCAAGCUCUCCAGGUCCCCUGGCAAGGCUGCCAAGAGGCCCAAGAUCAUGCAGUGCAAGGUCGCCCUCCUGGACGGAUCCGACUACACCUGCGUGGUGGAGAAACGGGACAAAGGUCAUGUGCUAUUGGACAAAGUAUGUGAGCAGCUCAACCUUCUAGAGAAGGACUACUUCGGCAUCACAUUCCGCGACAUCGAAAAUCAAAAGAACUGGGUGGAUCCUGCCAAAGACAUGAAGAAACAGGUUCGAGGAGUCCCUUGGAAUUUCUCUUUUAAUGUGAAGUUCUACCCACCAGACCCUGCCCAGCUCUCCGAGGACAUCACAAGGUACUAUCUGUGUUUACAGCUGAGGGAUGACCUGGUGUCGGGCCGGCUGCCGUGCUCCUUUGCCACCCACACGGUGCUGGGCUCCUACACCGUUCAAUCAGAGCUCGGGGAUUUCGACCCGGACGAGUACGGCAGCGACUACGUGAGCGAGUUCCGCUUUGCGCCGAACCAGACCAAGGAGAUGGAGGAGAAGGUCAUGGAUCUUCACAAGAACUAUAAGGGGAUGACACCAGCUGAUGCUGAAAUGCACUUCUUAGAGAAUGUGAAAAAGCUCUCAAUGUACGGAGUGGAUCUUCACCAUGCCAAGGACUCGGAGGGCGUGGAGAUCAUGCUGGGGGUCUGCUCCUCUGGACUCCUCAUCUACAGGGACCGCCUGCGCAUCAACCGCUUCGCCUGGCCCAAGAUCCUCAAGAUCUCCUACAAGAGGAACAACUUCUACAUCAAGAUACGCCCGGGAGAGUUUGAACAGUUUGAGAGUACAAUCGGCUUUAAGCUCCCCAACCACAGAGCAGCCAAGAGACUUUGGAAAGUGUGCGUGGAGCAUCACACUUUCUUCAGGUUGGUAUCACCGGAGACACCGCCAAAGAAGUUCCUGACGCUGGGUUCUAAGUUCCGCUACAGUGGUAGAACCCAGGCCCAGACCAGAAGAGCCAGCUCCCAGAUCGUACGGCCCGCACCCUUCUUCGAGCGCUCCACAAGCAAGCGCUACAGAAUGUCCCGCAGCCUUGACGGAGAGAUGGGCUCGGCCUUGUACGGCCAUGCAAAGGGCAUCGCUGUGAGUGACCUCAUCACCACGGUGACACCGGAGAGGAAGGCUGAGGAGAAGACAGCGGACGAGGCGGCAGCAGCAGCGGCGGCGGCGGCGACAGCGGCAUCGACGGCCCCCUCGACAGCAGCGCCAUCAGCAGCCACCUCCGUCCUCCCCUCUCCGGCCACCCCGGCCACCCCGGCAACCCCGGCCACCCCAGCCACGCCCACCCCCGUCGGCAUCCCCGUCCACGCCGGCAUCGGAGUGGUGGAGGUGGUGGAGGAAGAGGACGAGACCACACGCGGCACGGAGCUCUCGAUACCCAGCCCGCCGACACCCCAGCGCCAGGACACCAGGACUGACUUUACAGACACAGCUGUGGACGGUGACCUAACAGCCACAGAGCCAGAGUCGGACCAGGAGGAUGAAUCGGAGCUCAGACCACAGGAACUGGAUGCAGACGCACCGGAGGCAGUGGUGAAACACUUGACCAACAUCAGCGAGCUGAAACGAAGCUUCUUGGAGCAGGGGGCGGACAAGGCCGGCCUGACCGAGUGGGAUAAGCGCCUCUCGUCUUCCCCACUACGCUCCCCCAGACUGGACGACGCGCCCAUGAUCGAGCCUCUCCUUCCAGACGAAACCAAAGAGGGCAGAAAAGAGGACCUCAAAGGACCAGAGGAGGAGGAGGAGGCAGAGGCCGAGGCCGACGGGGCAGCCGAAACGGAGGACGGCCCUCUGGAAACCAACGCUACUGUGGAUUCUGAAGGGUGGGUAAUAGUAAGCAAACUCCCUCCUAAGGUAGCUGAACAGGAAGGUGCCGGUGGCGACUCGGAAAUAGCGACGGCCGCUAGCCCCGCAGGAGCGGAGGACGCGGAGUCCGAAGCCUCCGAGAGCCCUCAGCAUGAGGUGGCGGGAGUCGGGGCGGCCGCGGGAGUGGGGGGUAGGAGCGAGGAGGCGCGUGAGAAGGCCUACACGCUGGGCAAGUCGUACGACACCACGUCGGGCAAGAUCGUCAUCAUGACCAGCCGCUCCAAAGAUGACCUGCAGUCGCCCACCUACCCGCCCCGCAGCAUCCCGGACCUGCGCAGCAUCCCCGACCAGACUGCCACCGCCGUCAAGAUCAUCCCUGUGGACACCGAGGACGAGAUGUCCGACCCCAUGCCCGCCGCCAUCACCAAGCCUGCCAAGGGGGCCCCGCCGCCAGUCUCCGCCAAACCCGCUUGGAGACCGCCGCCCCUCGAAUCGAUUGAUGGGUCGGGGAAGUCAUCUUCUGAGGCGGAUGGCGCAGUCGCGGGCGCGGUGGGUGAUGCGGAGAAGACGGAGCUGAGGCUGCUGGGAGAUCGGAUGUCACCGCUGUUGAGAUCGCCGCUGCGCUCGCCGCACAUGUCCCCGACACCGGACCUUGCUCGCCGGAGUCCCUAUUUAGCCCGAGCUUCCCCCACCUCCAAAGUGCCUAAGCCGACCUUUGAGGAGAUGUCUCCGGAGCUGACGGCUCUGUUGCAAUCGGCCCGCGAACAGGUCACCACGCGUGGAUGGGCCACCACCCCUCCUCCCUCUAGUGAGGCCGACAAGCCCCCAGACAGCCCCGAGAAGACUGAGGACGGUGGACAGAGCGAGGACAAAGCCAGCGUUCCGGACCAGUCGUCAGAGCCGGACCAACCUCCCUCCAAUCAGCUCUCCUCCUCGGUGCCCCAGACAGACGCCCCGACCUUCACCCCCACCAUGGAGACGGAGAACUUCCUCGCCACCCAGGAAGUCCCCGUAAUACACACGGAGAUGAAGACCAUCACAUAUGAGUCGCAGGGUGAGCCAGAGAGCGAGGUCGAUCCGGGAGUGCUAUUGAGUGCCCAGACCAUCACAUCAGAAACAACCAGCACCACCACCACCACACACAUUACCAAGACUGUGAAGGGCGGCAUCUCGGAAACAAGGAUUGAGAAGAGGAUCGUGAUCUCGGGGGAUGCAGACAUCGACCACGACGAGGCCCUGGCUCAGGCCAUCAAAGAGGCCAAAGAGCAGCAUCCUGACAUGUCAGUGACCAAGGUAGUGGUCCAUAAAGAGACCGAGAUCACGCCCGAGGAAGGGGAAGAGUGACCCCCGCAAGGAUUAACACCUCAUGCUGCGGAUCUUGUGUUUCACACUGUGCGAAGGAAAAGGAGGGCGCUUGGGGAGAAACGAACCGUCGAUCACACUAACAGCAUCAAUAACAGGGCGGAUACUACUUCAUAACAGAGUGGAUCUACUCCAUCUACGUUCUCCAGGAGUAGGCUUCCACUAGCCCACCACCAUCACCACCACCACCACCUCCAACCCAGGCUUACAGACACACACAGCAGUCCAGUUCACUCUUGGGUCAUGUACUCUGCAUGAAAAGGGAACAAUUCAGCAUUUUUUUGUAAAGAGAAAAAAAUAGUGAGUCCAAUGAUGCAUUUUAGCAGAAAUCAAAAUCUGUGUACAUUUUACCUGCACACUCUCAGUCUAAAGGGACAAGAAUGUAUGUUAGAGGUGUUUUCAAAGUAUUACUGAUAUGAAUAAACUACAAUUUUAUUUAUUAAAGCAAAAGCUCACUCCACAAAGUGAUACAACUAGGCUGUACCUAUAUGAGCGCACAAUAUUUAAUCAUGCAAUAGAUGUGCCACGUUCAUCUUGCUCAGCUCCGCUGUUCCUCAUCCAUAGCCACAAUUAUUUUUCAGUUUUUUGUUUCUCGUUAUCUCGCUGAAUGUUAGAAGCAAAGAGGUUGAAAAAAGGGGAUUAAAAAUGUAUAGAACCGCUUUUUUCCCCGUAGGCCAUUCAGCUUUAGGACAUGUUAUUUUGUUUUUACUUGAAUUUGUUUUUUUUGUCAUUUGUUAUUUUGGUUCUUUGCCAUUUUUCUCCUCUUGAAAAUGCGAAGAGGCAAAGAUGAGGCGUCUUCAGACUUUUCCUCUCUUGGUGCAAGCGUCCUUGACAGCUGAUGGCUGCUGUGUUGUAUUGCUGCAAAGAAAAAGAGAAAGAGUGUGUUUGCGUGCGUGUGUGUGUACGCGUGCGUGCGUGCGUGUUCGUGUGUUUGUGUGUGUGUGUGUGUGUUUGUGUGUGCGUGCGUGCUUUGAGAUGGUCUGCUAUUUGCCCCUGUGUGCCCCCUCCAAACAACCCAUCCUAGAGUUGCUCCUGACUGUGAUGGCACAAAAAGCCUUAAAACUGUACAGAGUGAAUAGAGAACCCCCCCCUCUCUUGCCCAAGAUGGCUCCAACCAUGUGUGGGUGUGUGUGUGCGUGCUCUGUGUGUCUAUGUGUGUUUGUGGUCCUCAUUUCUUUUCUUUUUUUUAAACUGCUUCAUGUGUUGGUCAUUCUGAAACCUUCUGUGUCAGCUGAAAACCAUCCAUGUUGAAUGAGUUUCCCACAAAAAGCUCAAAUAAAACCGUAAAUUCACUUUUGGA